AUGGAGGGAGCAGAGGAGGGAGGUCGAGGAGAAGUGGGGAGAGCCUCGAAGAGAGGAGGUGGAGGAGGAGACACCUGGAGACCCAAUGGCCUCAUCGACACCCACCGGCUGGGGGCGGAGCCUCGGGAGGCGCUGCUGUUGGUGUACUCAGCUCCUCAGUACCAGGGUCACGUGGUGGUGAACCCUCCGCAGGAGAGGAGCAGUAGAGGAGGAGUUGGGGGUCCUCCUCAGCUCCUGAACCCCAGCACUCUCCUCCCCCGGCAUGCGCUGUCGAGCCCCGGCCUCCUCCUGUGCCCCGAGAGCGUCCUGCGAGCGUGGGGGGAGGCCGGGGGAGGCGACUGUUGCGAGACCACCUUCAUCGAGGGGCUCGGUCCUGACGCCUCCUCCUCCUCAGCUGCUGCCGCCUCCUCGUCCACAAAGGAGGCACUGCUGUUUGCUGACAGGAAGUUCCUGGACUUUUCUGGAGAGGACGGAAAGAUCUGCACGCUGUCGUACGACAUCGACGAUGACGACGAGUUCCAGGAGCUCGAGAGUGAAUACUCCAGCCAAUCAGAGAGUGAGGAUGCCUUCUUGUUGAUGCCUCCCAGAGAACACCUGGGCCUCAGUGUCUUCUCCAUGAUCUGCUGCUUCUGGCCGCUCGGCAUCGCCGCCUUCUACCUGUCGCACGAGACCAAUAAGGCGGUGUCUAAAGGAGACUUCCACCUGGCGAGCUCCAGUUCGAGGCGGGCUCUCUUCCUGGCGGUGCUGUCCAUCACCAUCGGGACGGGUAUCUAUGUGGGCGUGGCCGUGGCGCUCAUCGCCUACCUCUCCAAGAACCACCACUGGUAA